AAAAACAUUUAAAACAAUGUGUACAAGAAACAUAAAUAUACAUAAUAAUCAGUUUUAAAGCGGUAGUAUUACAAAUGAAAUGAGUCUAUAGUCAUUAAAGGUUUCUCUUUCUCCCGUCACAACUUUAUUCUGUGACUUUUACUUCAGUGAGAGCGUCGCCUCAGUGCUUUUAUUAUUUAUUGUUCUUUUGUCUUUUCAACUGUGUGUUGAACACUUUGCUCUACGUUUGGAUUGGAUAUCGUCAGAAACAACAGAUGAGAUUGUUAAUUCAAGAUAAUUAUCUCUUAUUCUGAGAUACUAAGUUAUUAUUUUAAGAAAGUUUCUCAUCAUUUUCUUUUCUUAUGUCAUUAUUUUGAGUAGUUUCUCGUUAUAAUGACUUACAGGAUCUUUGUCCGUCACAUUAUCAGUGAUGUGCUUCUACAGUAGACAGUAUAUCAUUUAAUAUAUCAUAUAAUAUAUCAUAUAAUAUAUCAUUCAGGGAGAAAACAAAUGUUUUAAGAUGCUCUGAAUGCUCUGAGACGUUGCAGAGGAGGAUCGUUCAGGCUGUCACAGCACAGUGAGAACAUCUCUGUGCAGAUAUUCUGGGUUUUUAUGGGUUUCUUAAAAUACAAAUAUCUUUUUCUAUUUACAUCCCAGAAGAAAAUGUGUAUUCUGGGUUUUAUUCCCACCAGAAAGAAAUGAAUAUCUGGGAGGAAAAGGCCGUCACGCUAUGAAUCUGUUACUGUCCGACGCUGUUUAAGACAGCAUCGUGUGUUUAAUACCCCGAGCAUCGGACAGGAUUUAUACUUUGUAUUAAUGUACGAUGCUCCUCUCGGUAGCAUUAGCCUGCUCAGUUAUGCUGAGACUGCUCAAUGCUGAGCUCCAUUGAGAACAGGUUUAAAGGGGUUGAAUGCCUUGUGCUGAGGCAGGGCAUCCACCGGCCACUCUUUACAUGCCCUCUGGCCCUUUGUGUGGCCCAACAAUGAUGCCACAGCCCGGGUCACAUCAUUGUUCGGUCCAGCCAAUAGGGAAGCAACAAAUACACGUUUAUGUGAUGUGUUGAGUUUCUGUGCAUACGUGUGUAUGUGCACGGGUAAUGCAAAGGUGAAUGCAUGUCGAGUCUUUCACACCGAGCGUUUGCAUCUAUUCUGUGACGAAGGGGAGGGGGACGUCACGCAGAGAAAGAGCCAAUCACACAGGAGCAGUUUGGAUUUAUGCCAGGGCUUUGAGGCUGGUAAGACUUUAGUACAAGUGGCAAAAGCCAGUUUAAAAAAAAACAAAAGCCAGCUGAGACGAGAUGCCCUAUACACCGUCUGGCUUUUUCUGUGACCGGUUGAUCCGGGAGCGAGAGAGGAGAGACGGGGAAGGGUCUCUGAACAAGCCCCUGCGCUUCAACGGCCAGGACUUCAACGCCCUGAGACAGGAGUGUCUCCAGGGGAAGAGCCAGUUUGAGGAUGAGUCUUUCCCCGCCACCGUGGAGUCUUUGGGCUUCAAGGAGCUCGGACACAAGUCCAACAAGGUCAAGAACAUCGUCUGGAAGAGGCCCAAGGAAAUCUGUGAAAACCCUCAGUUCAUUGUUGGAGGAGCCAGCAGGACAGACAUCUGCCAGGGAGAUCUUGGUGACUGCUGGCUGCUGGCUGCCAUCGCCUGCCUCACGCUGAAUGAGAAGCUUCUGUACCGUGUUGUUCCCCUGGAGCAGAGCUUCACAGAGGGAUACGGAGGCAUCUUCCACUUCCAGUUCUGGCGUUAUGGCGACUGGGUCGAUGUCGUUAUUGACGACCGCAUCCCGACCUUCAACAACCAGCUGGUCUUCACUAAGUCCGCUGAGAGGAACGAGUUCUGGAGCGCGCUGCUGGAGAAGGCCUACGCCAAGCUGCACGGCUCCUACGAGGCGCUGAAGGGAGGAAACACCACGGAGGCCAUGGAGGACUUCACCGGCGGCGUCACAGAGUUCUACGAGAUGAAGGAAGCUCCCAAAGAGCUUUACAAGAUCAUGAAGAAAGCUCUGGAGAGAGGCUCCCUCAUGGGCUGCUCCAUCGACUCGCUGGUUCCUGCUCGCUUUGAGACUCGCACUGUGACGGGGCUCGUGAAGGGCCACGCCUACUCUGUGACGGCGGUGGAGGAGUGCAGACCGUCUCAGCUCAAGGACUCUAAAGUUCGUCUGGUGCGUCUCAGGAACCCGUGGGGUCAAGUGGAGUGGAACGGCCCCUGGAGCGACAACUCUAAGGAGUGGGCCACGCUGUCCAAGACUGAGAAGGAGAAGCUGCAGCACCAGAGCGCCGAGGACGGAGAGUUCUGGAUGUCCUUUGAGGACUUCAAGAAGAACUACACUAAGAUCGAGAUCUGUAACCUCACCCCGGACGCCCUGGAGGACGAUAAGAUCCACAAGUGGACGGUUUCUGUGAACGAGGGUCGCUGGGUGAGAGGCUGCUCUGCUGGAGGCUGCAGGAACUACCCAGACACUUUCUGGACGAACCCUCAGUACCGCCUCCGUCUGCUGGAGGAGGACGACGACCCCGAGGACAACGAGGUGGGCUGCACCUUCGUGGUCGCGCUGAUGCAGAAGAACAGGCGGAAAGAGCGCAAGAUGGGAGCCAACCUCUUCACCAUCGGGUUCGCCAUUUAUGAGGUGCCGAAGGAGAUGCACGGGAACAAGCAGCACAUGCAGAAAGACUUCUUCCUGUUCAACUCCUCCAAAGCUCGCUGCAAGUCCUACAUCAACCUGCGCGAGGUGACCCAGCGCUUCCGCCUCACCCCCGGGGAGUACGUCAUCGUCCCCUCCACGUACGAGCCGCACCAGGAGGGAGAGUUCAUCCUGCGAGUCUUCUCCGAGAAGAAGAACACCUCAGAGGAGAUAGAGAACAGGAUCGAGGCCGACCAUCCAGUGCCGGCGCCGGCCUCAGCGGGGGAAGAGAGCGAGGAGGACCAGCAGUUCAGGACUAUUUUUCAGGAGAUAGCCGGCGAUGACAUGGAAAUCACAGCCAACGAACUGAAAAACGUUCUGAACAGAGUGAUCACCAAACAUAAGGACCUGAACACGGAGGGCUUCAGCCUGGAGAGCUGCAGGAGCAUGAUUGCUCUGAUGGACAUGGACGGGACGGGGAGACUCAAUCUGCAGGAGUUCAGACAUCUGUGGAAUAAGAUCAAACAGUGGCAGGGAAUCUUUAAGCACUAUAACGCCGAUCAGUUCGGUAGCAUCAACAGUUACGAGAUGAGGAACGCUGUCAACGAUGCAGUCAUGUGUCUUGUGUCCCGCUCAGGCUUCCGUCUCAACAACCAGCUGUACGACAUUAUCACCAUGCGCUACGCUAACGAGAACAUGAACAUCGACUUCGACAGCUUCAUCAGCUGUCUGGUUCGACUGGAAGCCAUGUUCAGGGCGUUCCAGGCCUUCGAUCAGGAUGGAGACGGCACCAUCAGACUCAGCGUCCUGGAGUGGCUCCAGCUGACCAUGUACGCCUAGAGGCCUCCUCCAGGUGAGCACGAGGACCAGACCUGCCAGCCUUUACCUCAAUACUCCGUGUGCCCGAUCGUCUUUAGCUCUCAUCCACCUCACCUCCACCCCCCCCCCCCCCUGUCCAGGUCUCAGGCCUUCUCUCUGCUCUCAUCGAAACAUCAGUCUCUCCUUUCAGCCGUUUUUAUUUCCUUUAAUUAAAGACACUCGUUCCGUUCUUUUUCUCAGGCAUCAAACACACACAACCUCUUUUCUUCUGUCACAUUACCUCACCGAGCUCCUUCUACACCCCCGACGUUUGCUUCUUCUUCUACUGUUUCAAACUGAGCAGCAUUCUUCCUGUACUCCUCUGGUGCACGGUGAAUCACUCCUGUUAUAUUUCUGAGAGGAAAACAAACGUUUAGGAUCUCAACACACACCACGCUGUUUUUAAUCACUUAUUUUUGUGAAUUAAACUAAAUAAGUUAAUGUCCCCCACCACCACACACACACACACACACGUGACUCCCUGGUGGACAAACUCAGGCUUCUUUUGUUCAUCUCAGCUCCAGCAAACAGGAAGUAACCCCCCCCCCCCCCCCCCUCGAUCAACUGUCCAGUCUUUCAGCUCUUCAUGUGGAUUCAAGAACUAAACUGUGGAGCUGACGAGUUUUUAUUAAAGGUUAAAGAUGGAUUUGAAAGAGUUUGGCUGAAGGCUUGGACUGCAGCUUUUUUGUGAUUUCGCCCCCCCCCCCCUUCCUAUUAAGGCUUUGGUCAAAUGAGUGUACUGCAUUUUUAACCAUUUUAACCAAAUAAAUAAAUGUGUAGUUAUUGCGUUACCAGUA